AUGACGGUCGCCGAUCGAAAGUCGCGAGUUGCAAUCGUGGGGGGUGGCUUGGUCGGAGCUCUGGCGGCUUGUUUCUUCGCGAAGAGGGGUCACUCUGUGCUCGUAUACGAAUACCGUGCAGACAUCAGGGUGGAGGAUUCCCGAGGGCAGAGCAUCGACCUGGCUUUGUCGGACAGAGGACGCGAAGCUUUGAGGGCAGUCGGCCUCGAAGAAGCUGUGGUCGAUCGCCAUGGUAUCGCCAUGCAUGGUAGAAUGAUCCAUAACAAAGACGGCACUCUCAAGGAAAUUAUUUACGAUAGCGUAAAGGGAAACUGCAUUUAUUCGGUCAGCAGACGAUAUCUGAACGUGGUUCUGUUAAACGCCGCUGAGAAAUAUCCGGAAGUGAGCCUCCUCUUCAAUAAGAAACUGGUAGACGCGGACCUGGAAAAUGGAAAGCUGAAGAUCUUAGAUACGAUAACCGAGGCUAUAGAAAACGUGGAAGUAGAUUUGAUCAUCGGAGCGGACGGUGCAUACUCGACGGUCAGGAGAAUAAUGACGAAGAGACCUCUCUUCGACUGCAGUCAGACGUACAUCGAGCACGGCUACGUCGAGUUGUUCGUUCCUGCUGGAAAAGACAACAAGUAUGCUAUGAGCGGCGAUCAUCUUCACAUCUGGCCGCGGGGAGGGUUCAUGAUGAUAGCCUUGCCCAACGACGACUGCACUUUUACUGGAAAUAUAUUCGCGCCCUUCGCGACCCUCGAUAAAUUGAAGACACCUAAGGCGCUUCUGGACUUCUACGACGAACAGUUUCCGGAUCUUCUGCCUCUGAUAGGCAGGGAGAAGCUGGCGAAGGAUUAUUUCGAGAGGCAGCCGAAGACGCUGAUUUCCAUCAAGUGCAAACCUUAUCACGUUGGACGAACUGCUCUACUUGUCGGCGACGCUGCACACGCUAUGGUGCCUUUUUAUGCUCAAGGAAUGAACGCUGGUUUCGAGGAUCUAUUGCUGCUGGACGAGCUGAUGGAACGGUACGAUUCAGAUUUUAGCAAGGUUUUGCCGAAGUUUAGCGAACUACGCUGCGACGACGCCCACGCAAUCUGCGAUCUUGCUAUGUACAAUUACGUGGAGAUGAGAGACUUGGUGAACAGAAAGUCGUUCCAUUUUCGAAAGCAAUUGGAUACGUUUCUUCACCGACGAAUACCAAACACGUGGAUACCGCUCUACAGUACUAUACACUUUUCGCGAAUGAAGUUCCGCGAUUGCAUUUCGAACAAGGAGUGGCAAGACAAGAUAUUACGCAGGACUGUUUGGUGCGCGGCGCUAAUAAUUUUUGCAGUGUUGCUCGUGCCCAUUUUCGAGAAUUACAGAAAAAAGACCGUUUUAUAUUAGAUGCAAAUGCACAAUCAACAGAGAGAAUCAACAAAGAGAAUUUACAUAAUGAAACUUUGCAUACAUCAGCUACAGGCGUCGCUUUGUUGUAACCUUACGUAAUUGGUAUUUACGGUUUCUAUUAAAAACAUCCGAUGUUUUGUGUAUCCAUUUUCUUUUCCUUUUAUAAUGUACACCUCGCCAUCCUUACCCACGUAUUAUAUUUUACAAUAUUUUAAUCGUAUUUGAGCAAGUCUCGCUUAACACUAAACCUACCGACGCUUCAUAUAUACCCGUUCCUACCAUGAUUGAUCAAAUGAUCAUGUUAAUUCCGAAGAAAACAAUUAUUCACGAAACAAUGGCAUAGUAACUAUGCAAACACCCUGUAUACAAAUUUAAAUUAAUUUUCAAUCAAAUAAACAAUUUAUGAUCCAGUUUUAUAGCACUUUGGGUAUGUAGCGUCAAAG